AUGCCGCGUCAGCUACCUUGGGCAAGCAAGAGUGGCGGAAGCCGGACACAAGCCAAGCCAGCAUCAUCGCGGAAAGCCACGAAAGCGCGCACUACGGCUGACAUAGAUGACGACUUCUUCGAAGGCACCAUUCUUGCAGACAGCGACAAAGACAGAGGACGAUCAAAUGGGUCCGACGAUGAUCUUCCCGGCCUUCCAACAGCACCGUCGACGCCUCGAACUAAAACCAAAGCCAACGAUGCACUCCGAAAGAGACGUGGUGGUUCAUCAUCCCCGCCUCCUAUUGACGAGCUUGAGGGGCCACGUAUUGAAGGCAUGCACAAAAGUUUAUCCAAAUUCGAUCUGCGCGACGACGAGUGGAUGAUGGUGGAAGACGAGUUUCUAGAGACAGCAAAGCUGUUCACGCGACACUUACAUAUCGCCGAAUACGAGAAGCUCAAGGCAAUUAUCGAAGAGAAAAAGAAAGAAGCUGCCGAGGUUACCAGACCCGUCGUUGCAAAUGCGAAGAGAUCUACUAGCGGCGAGAUGAAGGAGAAGGCCAGGGUUCAAGAGUUGAAGCAGAAGAGGGCGAUUCGCGAUGUCUUUGUGUCGCAGGAAAACGAAGAUGACCCGCAAGGGCGGGCCGUUCUGUCAAGUCGAUCCAGUCUCACAUCUUCGUGGGCCUCAAGACGCAUUGCGACAACUAGCAAAUACGCAGCACAAGAUAGCGACAACGACAGCGAAGAUCUAGACGCACCGCGCCUCUCAGCAAAACCCGUUUCCAGGACCACUACGACGCCCACCCCAGUCCGUAACAGCAGCGCAGCAAAAGGCCAAAAGUCUGCCUCGUCUCCUGCACCCAAUCCCAGGCCACCACGCCCCAUCUUCGCUAAGCCUGCGCCACCUACACCCGCAGCAAAAUCUCGGUCACGCAUAAGUCGCGCAACACCCUUUGAUAUGCUCGACGAGCUGGUGCCGACGAAGAAAAGUAAGACAUUGUCGGGAUCCUCAGUGGAGCCGGCAGUUGAGACAUCAUAUACUCCACGCGCGUCCAGUGUCAGCAAGUAUUCCCAAUCCUUCGAUUCUGUGGACGGCCGGGGCGGUGCUAAGGUUGGACGAGCAGUUGCUUCCAAUGGUGGUAACACCGGUAUCAGCAAGGAGACUUUGGAGCGAAUUACCAAGCGGAAGGCUGAGCGGGAGAAGAGCGAGAAGGAGCGGAAACGGAAAGCUGCAGACUUAGAUGAUGUGCCGACCUUCUUGUUUUGA